UCUCUGGUUCUCACUUGCUUGUGAAGAAAAGCACUGAAAGGGAGAAUCGAGAGAGAGAAGAGAUCCCCGAAGAAACCAUGGAAGCGCAGGAGGGAACUCAGCAACCACACCUCGUGCUUGCCCACAAACUAUUCCUUCUGACUCAUCCAGACGUUGAGGACAUCGAGAAAGUCCGCCUUAGAGAAGAAGUCUUCUCUGCUGUUAAAGCCGACUAUAUGGCUCCGCUAUACGAAACCCUAGCUGCUAAUUCGAUUUUGGAGAUGGAUCAGGCUGUUUUGGAAUCCAUGCGUGCCAAGAUUGACGAAGAGCUCAAGAAGUUUGACGAAAAAAUUGCCGAUGCUGAAGAGAACCUAGGUGAAAGUGAAGUUCGUGAAGCUCACUUGGCUAAAUCCUUGUUUUACAUUCGAAUCAGUGACAAGGAAAAAGCAUUGGAGCAGUUAAAGCUGACAGAGAGCAAAACAGUAGCAAUAGGUCACAAGAUGGAUAUAGUUUUCUAUAGUCUACAGAUUGGUUUUUUCUAUAUGGACUUUGAUCUCAUCUCCAAAAGCAUUGAUAAAGCCAAGAAUUUGUUUGAAGAGGGAGGUGAUUGGGAGAGGAAGAAUCGUCUUAAAGUAUAUGAAGGCUUAUACUGCAUGGCCACUAGAAACUUCAAGAGAGCUGCCAAUCUGUUUCUGGAUUCCAUCUCAACUUUUACAACUUACGAACUUUUUCCUUAUGAUACAUUCAUUUUCUAUACUGUCCUCACAAGCAUCAUAUCUUUGGACAGAGUUUCAUUAAAACAGAAGGUGGUGGAUGCUCCUGAGAUAUUAACGGUGAUUGGUAAAGUCCCAUAUCUAUCAGAGUUCUUGAACUCUCUCUAUGGAUGUCAGUACAGGUCCUUCUUUUCAGCAUUUGCUGGCUUGACAGAACAGAUAAAAUUAGAUCGUUACCUGCAUCCACAUUUUCGAUAUUACAUGAGAGAGGUCCGUACUGUUGUCUAUUCUCAGUUUUUGGAAUCAUAUAAGAGUGUCACCAUGGAGGCAAUGGCAACAGCCUUUGGUGUAACCGUGGACUUUAUUGAUCUGGAGUUGUCCCGUUUUAUUGCAGCAGGGAAACUUCAUUGCAAGAUUGACAAGGUCGCUGGGGUGCUUGAAACCAAUAGGCCGGAUGCAAAGAAUGCUUUAUAUCAAGCAACCAUUAAGCAAGGGGACUUCCUACUCAAUAGGAUCCAAAAACUGUCUCGAGUGAUUGACCUGUGAGAAUACCCUGUAGCUGGGAGGCAUUGCAGGCGCGGUUGGAGGCCAUAACCGGAAGUUACUAAUGAGUUGAGUUGGUGAUGUCCGAUCAAUUAAAUCACAAAAGAUAUGUAAUUUUUGUUCGGAUUAUAAGGGAUGGCCAUAUGAACUAUUGAAUGCCCAAAUGAGCAUGCUGGCUCAUUUUCUUUUAUUUCAGUUGAAUAUCCCAGCUGAACCUGGUCUAAUGAACUGUUUCAGAGGAGAAACACAAACGCAUAACGUUAGCUAAUUGUUGUCUCGCGGUCGCCUUUA